AUGACCCUAUCGAUCGACCUUGAGCUCCCUAAUGGGGUCAAGUACAACCAGCCCCUUGGAUUGUAGGCUCCAUCCCCCCCUCCGUAGCGUUCGGUUGGGCUCAAGUUUGCUGAAUUCCGUUGAUACCGUCCACAUUCUCAGGUUCAUCAAUAACGAAUUCGUCAAGGGUGCCGAAGGCAAGACCUUUGAGGUCAUCAACCCAAGGUCCGCCGAUUCCAUGUCGUGGUGUUGUUGGAAUAUGGUUUCUGAUGAUGUCACAGCACUGAGAAAGUGGUUUGCUCCGUUCACGAAGCGACUGAGAAGGUCGGGAGGGCUCCUUUCGAUAGUAUUCCCGUCUCUGCUAAGCUUACCCUCUUGCCAUAGGAUGUCGACAUUGCCGUACACGCUGCUCGUACAGCCUUUGAGGGAGAGUGGCACAAGGUUACCCCCGCCAGGCGUGGCCAGCUUCUCUGCAAGCUUGCGGAUCUCUUCGAGGAGAACCUCCUCAUGCUGGCCUCCGUAGAGGCGCUCGACAACGGGAAGAGCGUUUCUAUGGCCAAGGGUGACAUUGGCGCUGCCGCCGCUUGCCUGAGGUACUAUGGCGGAUGGGCCGACAAGGUCCACGGAAAGGUUAUUGAUACGGAACAUGGAAAGUUCAACUACACAAAACAAGAGCCCAUCGGUGUCUGCGGGCAGAUUAUCCCGUGAGCCCCUGGGACACUAGGUGAUUUUCGGAGAUAUUCGCUAAAACCCCGCAGAUGGAACUUCCCGAUUCUUAUGUGGGCGUGGAAAAUUGGUCCCGCCAUUGCCACCGGUAAUGUCGUUGUCCUCAAGACUGCAGAGCAGACACCCCUAAGUGGUCUGUUGGCCGCGGGAUUGACCGCUAAGGCCGGAUUCCCUCCCGGCGUUAUCAACAUUCUCUCCGGUUUCGGUAAGACCGCUGGCGCCGCUAUUUCCUCCCAUAUGGACAUCGACAAGGUUGCUUUCACCGGAUCCACCAUCACUGGACGUACCAUCAUGAAGGCUGUUGCAAACAGUAACCUGAAGAAGGUUACCUUGGAGCUUGGUGGAAAGAGCCCCAACAUUGUGUUUGACGAUGCCGACAUUAAUGAGGCCAUUAGCUGGGUCAACUUUGGUAUAUACUACAACCACGGACAGUGCUGUUGCGCUGGAUCCCGUAUCUACGUCCAGGAGGGCAUCUAUGACACUGUCAGUUAACCCCCCCCCCCACCCCCCAACACACACUACAAUUAACCUCCAAGACAUUAGCUAACAUGUCCCAUAGUUUGUCGAGAAAUUCAAGAAGAGAAUAAAGGAGAACGUUGUUGGCGACCCGUUCGAGAACGAGACCUUCCAGGGUCCUCAAGUUUCGCAGCUCCAGUUCGACAGGAUUAUGGAAUACAUUGAGCAUGGAAAGAAAGAGGGUGCCAAGAUCGAACUCGGUGGCAAGCGCCAUGGAAACGUUGGCUACUUCAUCGAGCCUACCAUCUUCUCCAAUGUAGACGAAAGCAUGAAGAUCAUGCAAGAGGAGAUUUUCGGCCCGGUUGCCUCGAUUGCCAAGUUUAAGACUGUGGGAGACGCAAUCGCUCUUGGUAACAAAACUACCUUCGGUCUUGCUGCUGCCGUCCACACCAAGAACCUCGACACUGCUUUGACCGUUGCCAACAGCUUGAAGGCCGGCACCGUUUGGGUCAACACCUACAACGCCCUUCAUACCGCUCUUCCGUUCGGUGGUUUCAAGGAGUCUGGUAUCGGCCGUGAACUUGGAAAGGCUGCAUUGGCCAACUACACUCAGGUCAAGACCGUAUCGGUGAACAUGAAUGGCGCGCCGUAUUAGGCGUCUUGACCCUGGUUUAUCGGUGGACGUGUGAGAAGGCAUUUUUCAAGUGGGUAAAGCUUUUAGGGCUCUUUGAUUUUCUAACUGCCGGGUGUGGUUUUUACUUUUCUCCAUUUCUUCCACUUUUCACCUAUUCUCUCAUUGCCCACUUUGUAUUCUAUAUCCCGAUGAAAAACGAAAUGGAAAUGCCUUGACACAACGACAAGACGAGAUGAGUGAUUGUAUUUGUUGGAUUAAAGGUCUGGUUGGGCGAACAUGACCGCAUCCCUUCCCAGAAUUCUCCAUUCCACGUUUCUAAACUUGACUGCCAAAGUUCUCUUCCCAUCUGCUGCCGGUGAAGCUGCUGGUGGCGAUACAUUUACACCACCUUGACCAAGAUAUGUGGGCGCAACGGUGACAAUCACAGAGUCCACAAGCGGUAGAUUUCCCUCAGCGAGCAGAUCGUUAAUAAUCCCACCGCCCCCCUCGACCAUGACGCUAUUCAAGCCUAACCCCUUCAUCUUCUCUGACAAGACAUGCCAACUCCACCUCUGUUUCCCUAGGGUCUCUAUAACAACCACUUUACCCCCAACCUCCUCCAAUAUCCCCCUCCUCUCAUCCCCGCCUACCCCCACCUCACUUCCAACAAAAACAUAAGGUGCCAACCCUUCACCCCUCCUCGCCGUCUGCACCACCCUCGACUCCCUCGUAAUCUCCCAACGGAACGUAGGAUCAAGGAUGACCGGCCUUGGCUGCUUCGUCAGCGGCGUCCCCGGUAGACGAGAAUUCAGUCCCGGGUCGUCUACCGCGGCGGUACCAACUCCUAUCAGUAUUGCGUCGUGAAGGGUGCGGAGGUGGUGAGUUAAUGAUUUUGUUUCCGGGCCCGAGAGGGGAACCUGUGUGAGGGGGAUGGAGAGAUGGGAGUCCAGUGAUGUCGCGUAGGUUAAAGUCAGGAAGGGUUUUCCCAUGUCUUGAGGUGGGGGCAGGUACUUGUCGAUGCCGGGAGGCGGGGGGUAGGCUAUUAACGGUGCCAUAUCAUUCUAUCUUAUCUCUGCUAGUACUAGCAAUGAAUCGUACUCGCACGGCGUACGCUAUGAUGUGUCGAGCGGGGGGAGAGGAGGCGGAGGUGGGAAUAGCUCCGAGUUAUGGGGUGUGACGUUAAGAAAUAGGCAGUGAUCGACGCGUAAGCCAUCGCUUGCCCGAAAUUCCGGAAAACCCUUUCAAAACCUCUCCUCCCGGGUUCCCUCCCCCUUCUCCCCCAUCUUUUCCAUCAACCAGAGAACCUACGGUAUUUCGCCCGCUACUUGCUUGUUUGCUUGCUCCUUUCAUCAAUCGAUAACAAACCCACUCAUCCCAAGGCUUUUUUUCUCUUCCCGCUUCCCUUUCUCCUAUACAGCUCCACAAAGUGAGGAACCGACAAGAUGGAUAGCAUGUCAAACAUCAUUCGCCUCGUAAAUCUCGGCGUGGGGGUGAUUAUGGUUCUUGGAGGAAUCUCGCAGUUCUUUCCCAUGGGUUUGCAGAGCAUUAUCGUCGGAUGCUACGUUAUUGUGUUUGGUCUUGGUGAGAUUUCACCCCUUUCCCGCCUGGCUCUUACUCGCUUUGGCGUUGGCCUCUCUCAGCGAUGAUACCUUCGGUUACGCUAAUAGAGGUGUGCUAUUUGAUUAGUCAUUGGUUUACUGGAGUUUCAGAUUCCGCCACAAACGUCAAGAUAUGCGUCGUUCCUCUUCUCGUUCCUUGGUCGUGGUGUCUGUACGUUCGCCUUUGCCAUCUAAAAAUCUCGAAACGAGGAGGAAAAGUGGUGGAGAUCUAGGCUAACAGAGAGUGGUUGGCAGUCUACAUCUUUGUCGGAAGUAUUUUGAUCACCGGCGGUGCUCUAAGGAUCAUCGCUGGUUCUAUCAUUGGGCUCGUCGGUGCUAUCUAUGGUGAGUGUUCCCUUCCAUAACUCUUUAAGUAGCGGUGGAAAGCUAAUCGGACGGAUUACAGUUGGCCUGGAGUUUGUGCCAUCCAUUGAACCACCAGAGAACAUGAGGAGCUCCGAGUGGGAUGGUGAGCAGGUUUAGGGCCGUUACGAAUGAUAUCCUGGAGAAUUUGGCUAUACUGAGAUGAGGGAAUGCGAUGCGGGAUUAUGGUAUUGGAGCAGAAACGAACACUAUGCGGGGAGGGAGGGGAGAGUGGUGGGGAUGUAGCAAUAGCCGCAGAAAGAAAAGGAACAGCGGUCGGGGGAACUCUAAUGGGUUUUCUUGUUCGCGUUGUAUUAAUGCAAUGGUUCAAUGGGUAAGGGCGGAGGCGCCGUUGGCUAUUUAUUGGAUUAUGAUAUCAUAUCAUAGGACGGUUUUACGGUUUUAUAUUGCCUUUCGGGUUUGGAGGUUGGGUAAUCGCUUGGGUUGGUGAAGGGCUUGUGCUGCCCUUCAGUCGCCGUUUGCCGGGUAAGACAGCGGUAUCAGGUUCGCAAUUUGUUGAAGUGUACUCGCGCCGCCGGAUUGCUGAUGCGUUUCCCAAUAUGGGUAAGCUGGUGGCAAAGGGGUUCAGGAAAUGGUUAUGUAAGUAUUCGGAGAAAAUGUCGGAAGUACCAUAUCGACAUAUACUCUAUUCUGUGAUCAUGAUAUUACAUGCACUUAUGCCUUACCCAGUCCAACCUUGAACAAAUUAAAAUAAAUAAUCUAGCCAUUAAAGUUGUUACCCCCCCCCCAUGCAGUAUACAUUGUUCCAGCUUUUCAUAAAAAGAACUGCAAUGUCUAUCAAUUAAUUCUUGUGGAUAUUCCAACCAGGUCUGUUCCAGAACAGCUUUUGCAUCCUCGAUUGUUGCUUGACUGACACCUGUAAACUGAAAUGUUGCAAUUUCAUCUUUGUGGUCACUCCAAACAGGCUCGAUCUGAUUCCAGUCUGGUGAUUUUGGUGGCCAAUCAAAGGUAAUGAUUCCUCUCUUUUGUCGUGUUUCCUUAUCAAUCUUUGAUGCUGUUUGGUGCGCUGGAGCCUUGUCCUCAACUAAAUAGGUAACCGGCAUACCUGUAGUUGCUUGGAGCUGAUCGAUCCAUGGGUAUAAGAGGGGUUCCAAAAUGCGAUCCCGAUAGGAUACCCAGUUAAUCCCACCCUUGCUAUGAAAAUCCAAGCAGUCGUGCUUAAAGACCUGUCGGGCAUGUCGGUGGCGGCAUUUAUGACGUCCUGUUCGGCCUUCUUCUUGAUUUUGUCGAUCGAUAUUGGCAUUGACUUCCUCCAGAGCAGUAUACUGCCAGGUACCUUCAAUACCAGCCAGAGUCUCAUUUUCCUCCUGCUGACUGUAUCAUAUAUCAUUUUCAUGAUCCACAAUUGCUCUGUACCGCCUCUUCUCAUCCUCUGUAUCCUUCUCCUAUAUAUGAUAAGGUCCGCGCUGACCUAAACAUACUACUCCCCAAAACAUAACUCGAAUCGUGCAAUCACCUUUUUUAUAGAGUGCCCAUUUAUUUGGAUCAGCACCCAAAGGCCUUGUAAUGUUCCGCUGCUGCCAGACUAAAUUAAACUCAAUCCACAUCUCAUCAGUAAAGAUGAUAUGAUUGAUCGCAAUAUGAAGUACCAUAUGACAAAAGGCAAGCCGGUCUUCAACAUGCUUGGGGGAUAAGAAGGGCUUAUGAGUGGCCUUCCGUCAAAAGAGACCAUGCUGGUCAUGAAAAAUGUGUUCUAAGGUAGACUGUGCUGCAUGAAUUCCCAGCUCCUUAGCUACAUCUUCAUAGGGCAUUUGCCAAUGAUCUUCAUCUUUUUGAGACAGAUCACGCAAAGCCAUAGACUCUGCACUCUCUUCACCAAAUUUCAAUGAUUGUCCUCCUCCAUGCUCAUCUUCCAAACAUACUAACACGUCCUCAAACUCUCCAGCAUUUGAAGCUCGUAUCUAUCAGUAUUUUAUUUCCCUGUCAGUAAAAUAAUUUGCCUUAAAGUUAUAGUAUUUAUUGACUUGUUCGGAUGUCUAUACCUUUGCCCUCUUGACAAUCUCACUAGCUGUCUAUUCCUUUACCUCAACUUUUGCUUCAAUUUGCUUGAACGUUAAGCCUCUAUGCCAGUAGAGGCCAAGAAUAACGGCUCGCAUGAGAACAGGAAUCCUCGAGGCUGAUCCAGGUCCUGUAACUCCAGGAGGCAUGUUGGAGUACUGGGAACUGUGUGGUUUGCGAUCCGGAGUCAGAUUCUAGUGAUUUGAUUGACUUGCCAGUGGGAUUAACUUGGAACCUGUUUGUUCCACAUCCAGAGUCUUUUCGCAAAGUCUCUACUAUCAGUCAGACUUGAGUACGAUCAAGUAUAUUGUUUGAUAACUUACUAUAAUUUUUCUAAGUUUCCCAAAAGGUAUUUGGCAAAUUACAGCAUCAUGAACUCUUGUUGAUAUUAUAUAACCUCAUAUAUCGGUAUUCCUAGAUCCGGUACUUCGGCAAUUUAGUGUAAAUGCUUAUAUCAUCACUCCUAUCACAUCAUUGCCACCAACUUACCCAUAUUGGGAAACGCAUCAGCAAUCCGGCGGCGCGAGUAGAACCAGGGCUCGGCUUCUUCUCCAUUAGUCCGCUCAGACUGGUACUCGUAGUGGUAUUCAAGGUUAAAAAAAGGUACCUCCACCAACAAGUAAACCCGGAAAGUUGCAUUAGGUUACUUUAUGGUGUUAGUCAAUAGUAUUCAUGCAUUUUGGGUAGCAUAUUUGAGUGCACCAUGGCAAGUGAGGGUAAAGUAUCAAAGCUAAUUAGGAUUCUACCAAUACU